GUGGGCAGAGGGAAGGGAAGAUGGCGGAGGAGGAGAAGCUGCCCGCGGGGUGGGAGAAGCGCAUGAGCCGCAGCUCCGGACGGGUGUACUACUUCAACCACCUGACGAACGCCAGCCAGUGGGAGCGGCCGAGCGGGGGCGCGCGGGCGGAGCCGGGCCGCGUGCGCUGCUCGCACCUGCUGGUCAAGCACAACCAAUCGCGGCGGCCGAGCAGCUGGCGGCAGGAGCGCAUCACCCGCUCCAAGGAGGAGGCGCUGGAGCUGAUCAACGGUUACAUCCAGAAGAUCAAAUCAGGAGAGGAGGAUUUUGAGUCUUUGGCUUCGCAGUUCAGCGACUGCAGCUCGGCCAAGGCCGGAGGGGACCUGGGAGCGUUUGGGAGAGGGCAGAUGCAGAAGCCGUUCGAGGACGCCUCGUUCGCGCUGCGGGCCGGCGAGAUGAGCGGCCCCGUGUUCACGGAAUCCGGGAUCCACAUCAUCCUCCGCACGGAGUGAAGUGCCUUGGGAGGGCCGGGCCUCCUGGGAAUUCCAUGGGAACGGGCGGGAAUCCCUGGGAGCCCGGGGGAACCUGUGGGGAUCUGCGGGAAUCUGUGGAAGUCCUCAGGAAUCCAUGGGGAUUCAUGGGAACCUACAGGAAUUCAUGGAGAUCCUGGGGAAUCCGUGGAGAUCUGUUGGAAUCUGCAGAGAUCUGUUAACUCCUCGGGAAGCCAUGGGAAUCCACAGGAAAUCCACGGGAAUCCUCAGGAAAUCCAUGGGAAUCUAUGGAGAUCCAUGGGAAUUCACAGGAAUUCAUGGAAGUCCAUGGAAAUCUAUGGGAGUCUAUGGAAACCCUCAGGAAUUCAUGGGAAUUCACAGAAAUCCUCAGGAAUUGAUGGGAAUCUAUGGAAAUCCUCAGGAAUUCAUGGAGGUCCAUGGGAAUCCUCAGGGAUCCACAGAAAAUCCAUGGGAAUCCACGGGAAUCCCACCCCGCGCUCCCCAAUAGGAACUCCAGACCCCACAACUCCUCCGUUGUUCCCUCCCGGGCGGGAGCAAAAACAGGGAAUUCCCACGGUUCUUUGGGAAUGUUGGGUCGGCCAGAGCCGCCUCCCGGCGGUCCCACGGUGGUGGCAGUGACAAUGGCAGCGAUGACGAUGGCCAGCAAUGACAGUGACAACAAGGACGAUGACAAUGACCAACGACAAUGACAAUGACCAGUGAUGGUGACAAUGACCAUGGUCAGCGGUGGUGACAGUGACCGUGACCAACAGUGACAAUGACCAACGGUGGUGACAAUGACCAUGACCAAUAGUGGUGACGAGUGACAAUGACCAUGACCAACAAUGACAAUGACCAGCGAUGGUGACCAUGACCAUGACCAACAGUGGUGACAGUGACAAUGACCAGUGAAGGUGACAAUGACCAGCGGUGGUGACCAUGACCAUGACCAACAGUGGUGACAGUGACAAUGACCAGUGAAGGUGACAAUGACCAGCGGUGGUGACCAUGACCAUGACCAACAGUGGUGACAGUGACAAUGACCAGUGAAGGUGACAAUAAUGACCAGCGAUAAUGACAGUGACCAACGAUGGUGAUGACGACGAUGACCAGCCAUGGCAAUGGCCUGCAAUGGUGACAGUGAUGAUGAUGACGAUGACGGUGACACCAAUGAUGACGCCACCCCCGAAGGUGCCACGGCCAGUGCCAGGCCAGGCCCCCUCCCCCACCCCCUGCAUGUUUAUUUAACUCUUUCCCGCUCUCUUCUCCCCAAAAAACGCCCUCAAUCCGAAGGCUCCUCUUGAUUCAAGCCAUUAAUUAAUUAAUUACUCGUUAAUUAAUAGCAGAAAUGAGGCAGCUCCCGUGGUGUCCCUUCACAGCAUCCGUCCGGAUUAUCCCGGGAAUUUCCCAGCACCGUUGCUUGGACUUCCAAAAAACAGCUGCCAGAUUUUUGGGGUAAAUUCACAGGAAAUUGGGAAAAAGUGGCCGCAGUUCUGUUUUCCCGCCCUUUCGGGGCCACUGGUUUUCAGUCUGGGGUGAAGAAAAGUUGGAUUUGGGGAGGUUUUUUCCAAGAUUUUUCGAUUCUGUCGUUUCUGCUUCGUUCAGUGGGAAAAAAACAGGAAAAAUCCCAAAAAUCCCAGCUUGGAUUGGUGCAAAAAUUCCCAAAAAAAGCUGUAAAGCCCCAGCUCUUUUCCUGCAGAAAUAAAUCCUCCUCCAGUGGAA